AUUGCGUGGAGUAUCAUUUCGUUAGUUAUUAACGAAUAUUCGACGGUCAAAUCCUAUUCGCAUAAAAAAGCAUCUCCUCUCCGAUCGAAUCCUCACUCUGUUCGCCGCCGAAGAUCUGAGAUCUCUCCUCUCACACCUCAAAGAUGCAUUCGAGUCAUCUCCUUCUCGAGGAACCGAUCAGGAUGGCAUCAAUCCUCGAGCCAUCCAAAUCUAGUUUCUUCCCAGCAUUGACUAAGAUCGUCGGGACUCUCGGUCCCAAAUCCCGAUCCGUCGAGACUCUCUCCGGUUGCCUCAAAUCCGGGAUGUCCGUGGCUCGAUUUGAUUUCUCUUGGGGUGAUGCGGAGUAUCACCAGGAGACGCUGGAUAAUCUGAAAAUUGCUGUGAAGAGCACUAAGAAGCUUUGUGCCGUUAUGCUUGAUACCGUGGGACCUGAGCUGCAAGUUAUCAACAAGUCUGGGAAAGCUAUUACUCUUAAAGCCGAUGGACUUGUUACUUUGACACCCAGUCAAGAUCAAGAAGCGUCUUCUGAAGUCCUUCCCAUUAACUUCAAUGGGCUUGCCAAGGCAGUGAAGAAAGGAGACACUAUUUUUGUUGGGCAAUACCUAUUCACUGGUAGUGAAACAACUUCAGUUUGGCUCGAGGUUGAUGAAGUCAAAGGAGAUGAUGUCAUUUGCCUGUCAAGGAAUGCUGCUACUCUGGCUGGUUCUCUCUUCACUUUGCACGCCUCUCAAGUUCACAUCGAUCUGCCAACUCUAACGGAGAAAGAUAAGGAGGUUAUAAGCACAUGGGGAGUUCAGAAUAAAAUCGAUUUUCUCUCUUUGUCUUAUUGUCGUCAUGCGGAGGAUGUUCGCCAGACCCGCGAAAUGCUUAAGAAGUUGGGUGACCUCUCUCAAACACAAAUAUUUGCCAAGAUUGAGAAUGUAGAGGGACUUAACCACUUUGAUGAGAUUCUACAAGAAGCUGAUGGAAUUAUUCUUUCUCGUGGGAAUUUGGGUAUUGAUUUACCCCCGGAAAAGGUGUUUUUGUUUCAAAAGGCAGCCCUUUACAAGUGCAACAUGGCUGGAAAACCAGCCGUUCUUACCCGUGUCGUUGAUAGUAUGACUGACAACUUGCGACCAACUCGUGCAGAGGCAACAGAUGUUGCUAAUGCUGUUCUAGAUGGAAGUGAUGCAAUUCUUCUUGGUGCUGAGACCCUUCGCGGUUUGUACCCUGUUGAGACAAUAUCAACUGUCGGCAGGAUCUGUGCUGAGGCAGAAAAGGUUUUCAAUCAGGACUUGUACUUCAAGAAGACUGUCAAGUAUGUAGGAGAACCGAUGUCUCACUUGGAAUCCAUUGCUUCUUCAGCUGUACGGGCAGCAAUCAAGGUUAAGGCAUCUGUCAUUAUAUGCUUCACCUCUUCUGGAAGAGCAGCAAGGUUAAUUGCCAAAUACAGGCCAACAAUGCCCGUUAUUUCUGUCGUCAUUCCCCGGGUUAAGACAAAUCAGCUGAAAUGGAGCUUUAGUGGAGCCUUUGAGGCGAGGCAGUCACUUAUUGUCAGAGGCCUUUUCCCCAUGCUCGCUGAUCCUCGUCACCCAGCGGAAUCAACAAGUGCGACGAACGAGUCAGUCCUCAAGGUUGCACUAGACCAUGGAAAGCAAGCAGGAGUGAUCAAAUCGCAUGACAGAGUAGUGGUGUGUCAGAAAGUUGGUGAUGCAUCUGUGGUGAAGAUCAUCGAGCUAGAGGAUUAACACAAAAAUGGUUAAGAGGAAAACAAUUGCUAUAUUUUUCUUACUUCGAGACUGUGCCGGAGUGAGUAUAUUUUUAUCUACGGGACUUAUGGUUUUUGAGAUUUGAUGUCUCUAAAUGAUUCCCUUCUUUUUCCUUUCGGUAUUACAUUUGGGUUGCCUUCAGAUUUAAAGCCACGUUUAAAGAGUAUACAAUGUCUAGCAAAUUAUUCAAUAAACUAGCAUCAUAUAUAUUUUUGAUGUUACAAAACAUCCCUAUAUCGAUCGUUA